AUGCGCCCAUUCAGCACAACACCCAUUCAGACGCCAUCUUUAAUUGAUCCACAAAUUAGUCGAAUUAAAGAGUCGUAUAAUAAUAUGAGUUCGCAUUUGAGUCCACAGUCAGUAACGCCGCGGAAGAACAGAAAUAUUGAUUUCCUAACGGAUGACAUAUCGGAGCCCAUAAUACCAGAGCUGGCACUCGAACACAUUUGGAGUGAAUCCCAGUCCUCUAUCAGUGAAAAGGCAUCCAAAGUGUUCAUCUCAACCGAUCUGAUGGGACAGUCGUAUAUAUGUCUUCUGGUGAGUCACUCGCAGAGCCUUAAACUCAUUCGACUCGAUCACAGCAAUGACGGAAAGAAACUCAUCUUUUGCUCGACGAAUAUAAUCAGCGCUAAAGACGCCGAACCAAUCGCUGCUCACAAUAUGAUAGUAACCGUCGAUUUGAACAACAAUUUAGUCCUUUUCAGCGGUUUAUAUAAGACUAGUAUUAUUCACUUGCCGUCCACUCUCUGCACGGCUUUCACUAAUUCACUGCUUCUGUCGCCCUCUUCAACGCUCUCCAACAGAUCCCUAUCAUAUCAAUCGCCAUCAUAUAAGCGCUCAUCUCUGGCCACUUCGAGCCGACCUAACAGUGCGACCGGUGUUUUCAAUCCAACCUUUUUAUCCGAAUCUAAGAUUCUUUCGCCGGUUAUUCCCGAAUCUGAUGUCGAAAACAGUUCUUUCGUGUCGUCUCUAAAUCAUUACCCAAUUAUUGGCAAAAUAAGUGCAGUAAGGGAUGCCGUCAAAGACCGGAUUACUGUCCAAAGUGUUGAUUCAUUGCUAUAUCGGUUCGCUUUACCGCCAUUUAGUUCUUCAUAUAUAGUGUCUCAGUGUUUAAGUGCUCUUAAGAAUGUGUUGCCCAAGGAUUCAAGUAUGCAAUUAAUGACCAAAUGGUAUGGCUUUAGGAACGCCCCCAACUCCGAUGAGUUGACCACUGCCUCCGAAAUGAAUUUAUUUAAAUCAUGUCUUCUGUCACUCAUUGGUUAUGACGUUGAAAGCCUUCGUCUGAAUCAUAGCUCACAUUCUUUGAGUCAAUCGCCAGAAGUGAUUAAGAAAAUGAAACUCAACAGAGAAGAGGGAAGUGAUGAGGACUGGCAGUGGCUGUGCUCUCAGGCCAGUGAUGAUCGCGAUAUAAAUGAGUCGAAAAAUACUGCUAUCAAUCCUUCGACACUCUUUCCAUACAUGCCUUCAAUACUCUAUUCAUUACAUUUGCUUUACGAAGACUUUAAACUUCUGGAAAUCAAUUGGGAUUUAUGUCCAAUGAUUGUCGACAUUCUAUACCUGUUUGCAGUAGACCUUAAACUUAGUGCAUAUCAAAUGCAUUAUAUCCUAGACUUUCCCGAUAAAUGUCAUUCAAUUAGUUCCGAAUCGCGGAUCAGUGACGAAGAUAUGAAAAUGAUUGUUCUUAUGGACUUAUUAGGCAUUAAAGAGGAGAAUCUAAAGCAGUUCCCGCCCGGUCUGGCCAUCCCUUUAUGGGAUUCUAUAUUCUAUUGCCGUAAUAAUCCUUCAAAUGAUUGGAACCGUUCGUGUUUUAAACUUAUUGGUCGACCGGAUCUGUUAGUGCUUCAGCCGCCAUACAAGAAGCCAAUCAGCUAUUCGGUGACUAAACUCAAGACAGACUCGUCUGAACCGGACGACGACGGCAUCUCAUACCUUGAUUACGAUGUCCUCAAACUCCUGUUCCCAGACGACCAGCGAAUACUGGAAGCCUAUCAUAUGCUGAUGUCAUCAAAACCGGUCAAAAUAACGAUUCAACAAAAACCCGGCGUUUCAGACCACGACUUCAUCGAAGAACAAGAGCGCCAUUUGUAUACGAUAUGCAUCCGAACGAUGGCUUUGCCUUUGGGUCGCGGGAUGUUGUCGUUGCGGUCAUACACGCCAGUCGUUGCGGAAACCUUUCCCAUACCUAAACUCAAUUUAGUGGGAAGAGUUCCGCCGAGAAAUAACACAAUAGACUUGUCUCACAUCGAAGUGCCGCAGAAUAUGAACACUUGGCCCCUCUUUCACAACGGCGUCGCCGCCGGACUCCGAAUCUCGUCGAACGCGUCGGGAAUUAUCGACUCGUCUUGGAUUGUGUACAACCGGCCGAAGAGCAGUUCGGCGCUGACCAACACAGUGCUGAGUAGUGACGCCCAGCACGAACACGCCGGCUUCCUCCUGGCCCUCGGACUCAACGGCCACUUGGCCUGUCUCUCGACGAUGAGUAUUCACGACUACCUCUGCAAAGGCAACGAAUUGACUCGAGUGGCGGUACUCCUGGGCUUAGCGGCCGCCAAGAGGGGCACAAUGGAUGUGUCGGCCGUUAAAGUGCUGAGCAUUCACGUGGAGGCACUUCUGCCGCCCACCAGCACUGAACUGGAUGUGCCGCCCAUUGUACAGGUGGCCGCUGUGCUCGGAAUAGGACUUCUGUAUCAGAGCAGUGGUCAGCACCACAUCGCAGAAGUAAUGCUCGGAGAGAUCGGACGACCGCCCGGUCCUGAAAUGGAGCACUACAUCGACAGAGAGUCGUAUGCAUUGGCCGCUGGUCUAGCCUUUGGUCUCGUGACUCUCGGCAAAGGAAAUAAUAUGAUUGGUUUGGUCUCAUCGGCUGAAGGCAUGUCAAUGGCCGACCAGUUGUGUCACUAUAUGCUGGGCGGCCACAAAAGACCGUUGACUGCCCUUCAAAGGGAGAAAUACAAGACUCCGAGCUAUCAGAUAAGAGAAGGCGAUUGUAUUAACGCAGACGUGACGAGUCCCGGUGCCACUCUCGCACUCGGGAUGAUGUUCUUCGACACCAAUAACGAGGCGGUCGCCCAAUGGUUCACUGUUCCAGACACUCAACACCUGCUGGAAAUGGUUAGACCGGACUUCAUAUUAUUGAGAACCUUAUGUAAGGGUUUGAUAUUGUGGUCAUCGAUUGAACCCUCGAAGGAAUGGGUGGAAUCGCAUAUGCCGUCUAUUGUGUCGGACAAUGCAUUUCAAAGAAGUCCUAAUGAGAUGAGCGAUCGAUUAGACUACGAGACUAUGAGUCAGGCCUAUUGUAAUAUAGUGAGCGGUGCCUGUUUCGCACUGGCGCUCAGAUACGCCGGUUCCGCCAAUCGGAAAGCAUUCAAAACAGUCAUGAAUUAUAUGCAGAAAUUCAUAUCCUUGUCCACCAAAAGCCAUUUGGCCGAACAGGCCGGACGCAGCACUAUUGAGUCGUGUCUCAACGUACUGGUGGUAUCCCUGGCCAUUAUAAUGGCCGGAACGGGUGAUUUAGAAGUACUGCGCGUCUGUCGCUACCUGCGGUCGCGUCUCAAUCAGGCGUAUGUCCUCUACGGCUCUCAUAUGGCAAUACAUAUGGCUUUAGGGCUGUUGUUUUUGGCCGGUUGUCGGUCUACGCUGUGUUCAUCGCCCGAAUCGGUGGCGGCCCUCAUAAUAGCCUUUUUCCCUAAAUUCCCGAUUCAUAGUAAUGACAAUCGCUAUCACUUGCAAGCGUUCAGACAUUUGUAUGUAUUGGCGACUGAACCGCGACUCGUAAUACCUCGCGAUAUCGACACCGGGAAAGCCGUUUAUGUGAACCUUCAUUGCGUUGUCUUAAACCAGAACUCUUGCUGUGAAAUCAUGAAACUCAGGGCUCCGUGUUUUCUGGCGGAACUCCAUCUCCUCGAAGAAGUAGUGGUCGACGACGAGAGGUAUUGGAGGAUAUCCUUCGAAAAAGACAAGAAUUGGUCGAAUCUUAAGCGUUUCCUACAACGAGAUGGUGUUCUGUAUGUGAAGCAAAAGACUGGUUGUUUGCCAUACAGUGAGGACCCGAAGGGAUUCAAAAGUCUUUACUCGCAGAGCGUUAUGAAGGAUGCGGUCAAAGGUUGGGCUCAUAGGGUUAAUACGACCACUGAGUUCUCAAAUGACAGAAUUGUGAUGACUUUCUCCAAGUACUUGCUCUCAAAUCCAUCGGAAAUGGAGUCCGAAUCGGAGAUCCAGAACCAAUUGUGUUCACUGCUGUUCGACUGCGCCUCCAACGAGAGGCUCGAGUUUCUAUCGCCGCUCAUAAGCCUAACCAAAGUGGCCAAACAUAGCCAUAGCCUGAGUCUGUGGCAAAUCAAGUUCGCCAACACUUGCGCCCAACGCUGCCUUUCAUUGAGAUCUGAUUUCAUUGAUUCCAUUCGAUCUCUAAUUGAAAAACGAGUCAAAAAUUCAAUCGAUAGGAGUUUGCUAUUGAAUUACUUGAGAGGGACUCUGAGAUUAUCUGAAAUCAGUUUGACACUAAUCGAGGCCAUUGUCUUCUAUGAUAUGCCGCCCUUUGGAGCGUUUGCCUCAAUAACUGAUAAACUCUCGUUUGCGGAACUGGUUAUUGAGCUGAAGUCCAAGUAUAGAGUGCCCAUCCCUACCAUUCGGUUACUCCAUAGACUCUAUUUCUGUUGAAUCUAAC